GUAAUAUUAAAAUAAUUUACUGGAGUAAAACUAGUCGCUUUGCCUGUUAUUUUCUCUAUAUUUAGUGAGCUACUUGUGCAUUAGCCCUCGAUUCAUUCUUCAUCAUUUUCUGAGUUUUUUUUCCGUCUCAGAUCGACGUGUGGAGUGAGCGGAUUCGCGUUCUCUUCAUUUUUCUGAUUCGAUCAAUGUGUUUUCUUGACCGCAAAGAUCACAUCUGUGCAAAGAACGACAAUCGGGGGUUUUAAUACUUGAAGUAGUUUCUUGCAGCUGCAAAGGGUGAAUCCACAAUGGAAAUCUUUUACUAUGCCGUUUUUGCUGUCAUGUCGUCCAUUGUGGCAGCUCUGGAGCUCAGCAAGAACAGCAAAGAUCGAAUUUCUACUUCGGGGCCUUUCAAUUCCUUCAAGAACAAUUAUCUUGUGGUGUACAGUCUCAUGAUGGCUGGAGAUUGGUUGCAAGGACCUUAUGUUUACUUCCUCUACAGCCAGUAUGGCUUUAACAAGGGAGAAAUUGGAAGACUCUUUAUUGCAGGUUUUGGGUCAUCUAUGCUUUUUGGAACAAUUGUUGGAUCACUAGCUGAUAAACAGGGUCGCAAGAGGGCUUGCAUAACAUACUGCAUAACUUACAUUUUAAGUUGUUUUACAAAGCAUUUUCCUGAGUACAAAGUCUUGAUGCUUGGCCGUAUACUAGGAGGCAUUGCUACAUCUCUUCUAUUUUCAGCUUUUGAGUCAUGGCUUGUUGCUGAACAUUUCAAGAGGAAUUUCGAUGCACAGUGGCUAUCGUUGACUUUCUCGAAGGCAAUAUUCCUGGGCAAUGGGCUAGUCGCCAUUCUGUCUGGGCUGUUUGCUAAUACCCUCGCCGACACUCUAGGUUUUGGUCCAGUUUCACCUUUUGAUGCUGCAGCCUGCUUCUUAGCUAUCGGUAUGGCUAUUAUAUUCUCCACCUGGACAGAGAACUACGGAGAUCCUUCAGAGAGCAAGGAUUUACUUACUCAAUUUAAGGGUGCUGCCUUGGCCAUUGCUUCAGAUGAGAAGAUUGCACUUCUGGGAGCUAUUCAGUCAUUAUUUGAAGGUUCAAUGUACACAUUUGUGUUUCUUUGGACACCUGCUUUGAGCCCAAAUGAGCAGGAUAUUCCUCAUGGUUUCAUAUUUGCAACAUUUAUGCUGGCUUCAAUGAUGGGAAGUUCUCUGGCCUCUAGACUUAUGGCUCGUUCAUCACUCAAGGUGGAAAGCUACAUGCAGAUUGUAUUCGUUGUCUCUGGAGCAGCCUUACUCCUUCCUGUUGCAACAACUUUCUUCAUAGAGCCCAGCACAGAAAAAGGUGGAAGCAUUUCACCAGGAGGACGUCUCCAGCUUCUUGGAUUUUGUGUGUUUGAAGCCUGUGUAGGAAUAUUCUGGCCUUCAAUUAUGAAAAUGCGAUCACAAUAUAUUCCCGAGGAGUCUAGAAGCACAAUAAUGAACUUUUUCCGCAUGCCUUUGAAUAUUUUUGUGUGUGUUGUUCUUUAUAAUGUCAAUGCCUUCCCAAUCACGAUCAUGUUUGGCAUGUGUUCAAUCUUCCUCUUCAUGGCCUCAGUACUUCAGAGGCGACUCAUGGUUGUUGCAGAGAUUCACAAGACAAGAUCUCUUGAUACGUGGGUUGGAAACAAGGAGCAUGAUACAGAGGGAGAGCCUCUUAACAUAUAAAAUCCUAUUGAUAUGCAAAAAGGAUGUAAAAGUAUUUGCUUGGACCUGUUAUGAGCAGUUAGUUUUCAUGCAAAUAUUUGCUGGGCGAGCAGUUAGUUUCCCUGCAAAAUUCAAAUAUUCAUAGGAUGAGUACAGCUAAUUUCCCUGCAAAUAUUUGUAGGCCAAGCAGAUAGUUAGUGGCCCAUUUGGUCCUUUUGCUUCAUUAUUUGGUCACAUACAUCAAUUGGUUGAUUUAUUCAUAAAUUAGAGGAAUGUGAAAGUAUUAAUCUUCUUAAAACGUCAGUUUGGGAAUAUUAGUUUAUUUGCCUAGCUGGUGGAGGUCUUAUAGCAGAGUAUUAAUCAUUAGCAUAAUUCUGUAACAAUUACGGCUUUAUUUCAAAGAUUGUUCUGAGUAGUCUUAGCCAUGUACCAACUAGGUUAUAUGCCUGCAAAUUGGAAGCUAGUCGAGCCAAAUUGCUUAGAGCACUCCAUUUGCUUGGCUACUUGGUGAUAUAGCGCAUAGUGCUGUCUUGUAACUGCAUUGAUUUAUCAAUUGCAUUCAGCACAAUAAUAUGAAAUUUCUUGAUCUA